AACACUGGAAAGCCCUGACCGUCUGAUUACUUCGCCUUCUUGUAAAGUGUGGGAUUUUUGUUUGGAAAAACUCCGUGUUUAGUGUUGUAUAUACAUGAAGGUUGGAUUAAAAUGGAAUGGAUUUGAGACUUGUUAGUAACAUUUAUAACCAAUGACUACAGCGAUGGUGAACAACACUCGCAGAAGACGAUCAGCAGCGAGCAAUGGCCGUCGAGAGGAAAAACCAAAUGUUUCAGAGGUCACGAGUGAAAAAGAAGAAAACGAUAGGCUUGAGGUUGCGAAUGUUUUGUCCUCAUUAAUAUUUCUGCCACCAAAAUCGGAUCAAAAUGAAAAUUCGACAGAGAACACGGAAGAAAAGCGACAAAAUCCGACGAGUGUUAAUUUGACCUAUUUACCGAAUUCCCAAAACUUGGGAAUUCCUGUUUCGCCACAUCACCGGGCUCAAGGGCGACAAUCCAAAAGGGGGCGUGGCAAAUCUAAUUCGUCUGCUAGUGCGCACGAUAAAAAGACGUCUGAAUUAAUUGCUCAGUUAAAUUCUCAUUUAAAAAACGCUGUGCAUUCAAGCUUACCGCAAGAUCAGAAUAGAAAUGAAAAACGAAUAGUCAAAGACCAUGCGCCUUUAAACGUUGAUAAUUCAGGCAAAACAUUUAAAUGUCAGUCCCCAUAUUCCGAAGCAUCUGUUAGUGUUAAUAAGUCUGUAGCAUCAGCGUUGAGGCAAGCAGUUUCAAACAACAUAAAAGCAACCCAACCAGCUUCUAUUUCUAAAGCUAAUGACAAUGUACAAAUCCCAGCGAACAGUAGAAGCGACAGUGUGUCCGCCCCAACUAAAGUUGACAGUUAUGAUCUUGAGGUUUCCAAAAAGAAAGAGACUUCAGACACAAACCUACCUCUUAAGAAACGGAGGCUUAUAGGGGUGGAUGGUGAGAGUGAAAACCUUAAUUCGAGUGUAACAUUGGCUUCCAUAGGGUCGUUGACAUCUUGGCCCAAAAACCUUGCAGAACUUCAACAAUCUGCUGCACAUUCUGGUUAUUAUACCAAGGAGCAUGUGCACUUUCAAGGCAAAUCAGCAGAGUCUGGUUACCGGCCGGUGAAGUUUGAUCCCCGGACGAGUCUGAUGGUCCUACAGGACGUGAAGGUCGCAUUGACACCAGAUGAGGACGGGGACUUGCCUAUACACAUAGCUGUCGUGCAUGAGAAUCUAAUGUUUGUGAAGAAAUUUAUCGAUAUCAUGGCCAUAUCGGGUAAAACAGUGGACAGAUACAAUAAACUUCAACAGACGCCUCUUCACUUGGCGAUUCUUGUGAAACGGCCAGACAUUGUUGAAGUCCUUCUGAAGGCUGGAGCCAACCCGAACCUUGUAGACCGGAACGGCUGUACGUCUGUGCAUCUGUCCGUCUGCAAACAGUUCCCCGAAUGCCUAGAAACCAUCCUGCAGUGCUCAGUGGUUCCACCCAGUGUAAACUCCAGGGAUUAUGAAGGCUAUUAUCCACUUCAUUCUUGUGUUGAGUUAAACGAUUUUGAUGCGAUGAAGAUGCUUAUAAAAUAUGAAGCUGACAUGGAUGUUCAGGACGGUAAAGCGGGGAGGAGUGUGUUGUUUUACGCCACAGAGUUCAACAGAACAGACAUGGUGCGAUAUCUCCUGGAGCAAGGGGCAAAUGCAGAAAUCCAGAAUUAUGCAGGUAUAUCAUCGCUGGUGAUAGCUCAGUGCAACAACAACAACGAUAUCAUCAACAUGUUACGACAGGCCUUGGAUCUGGCCAUGUAUGGCGAUGUGUGCACAGAGCCCGUAAGAAAGUUGCAGAUUCCCCGACUGCCAGACAAACCAGUGGCUGUGCUGAGUGAGCCUGAAAAAAUCAUCAAUUUGGAAUCUAAUUUUUCAUACAGAAGCUAUUCUCGUCAGUCGUCUGUUUCCUCGAAUUCAGCACCAAUGGAUCUUAGCUUACCUAAAAAUAAGGAAUCAAUCAAGAGAGAAUACCCCGAAAAGGGACAUAAGCAGAAACCUAAGAAGAAAAUGAAGAAAGACACAAAAGCAAUCAAGCUGGAGAAUGUGAAUGGGAUCAUGAAUGCUUUGAAAAGAGACAGGCAUGCAUCGUUAAUUGCAGCUCUACAAACACCAACCAUGCAAACAUAUCAUGCGCAUAUGAAUAAACAUGAGAGAGCCUAUAAAGAUACAGAUUUAGAUACAAAUGUUAAUGAUGCUGUUGCUGAUAUGGAGACAAAUCAUGCAUAUGAAAGUAAACUGAAACCAAAGAGCUUAUAUUUGCACAAAACUAGCCAUGAUAAGAAUGAUGCUGAAAUGGAAACUGAAGUGGCAGUGCAGAUGAUAAAUAUAUCACGAACGAAUUCUGUUGACAGUAACAAUUCAAAUGAUCGGGAACAAAAUGUUGGUGAAAUUGAGAAGGGUAUUGUCAGUAGAGUUGAUUUCUCUGCAAAAGGAGCAGAAUUUCAUAAAAAUUACCAGAAUGCCACUUCGGUCAGUGAAGAAACCACCAAAAUGCUUGAUUCUCAAAGACAACUACUAUCACAACCUGUGUUAUUGACACGAUUUUCGGACUUGUUGAAGUCAAUUAGUGGACCUUUAAAGUCUGAAGACAUUUUUGAAAUGAUUAGACCUCUGAUUCAGUUUCCUUUACAAAAUGCUGUUUCUAGAAAGUCUGACCUGAGCAGCAGUGAAGUUAAAGAUAAAAAAGAUGUGAAAUUUGAAGAAAAUAAUGACAAUUUUGUUAAACCAAUGGAAAUCAGUGAGCACUCUGCAAGUAGAUCACAGGAAAUUGACAGAAGAUUUGUACAUGAGGCAAAUCAAAGUGGAUUGAAAAAUGACAACGGGAGAGAGGAAGCUUGUGAUAUGGAAAAUGAAAGCAAUCUAGUAAUUGACGAAGCAGAAAUAGAUAAUAAUGAUAAAAGCUGCAAAGGUUUUUUGAAAAAAAGAAGGAACAAAAAGAAGUCUGUUAGUAGAAAUGAUGCUCAGGAAGUUUAUUCAAAAGACAAUACUAGUGAACACAUUGCAACGAAUACAUCUGCAAAUGGACAAGGUGACACUGAUGUGAAAACGUCAGCUGAAAACUCUGAAGAAUUAAGAACUGUUAAGACUGACUUUAUAAGCACUCCUGUCGAAAAUCUAAAUAGCAAGGAUUCAAACAGUGGUAAGACAGGAAACCGACCGACUCUACCUGUAGAAUCACAAGCUCUUAAAUCAAGAACUUUAUUUUACAAUGAUGGUAGUGGAUACAAACCCAUAAAGAUAUUCAUUGAUGAUUCAGAACAGUCAUCUCUUGUUUUAAAAAAAUUGUUGGAGUCAUGUGUGGUCCAACCAGAUAGCGGUGCCUCAUCGUUUCCAGCAUUUUCUACACAACUGAAUGAAGCAAACAAUGUUGGAAACCAGUGUAAUGCAAAGAGCAUUCAAACACAGAAACCUUCUUCAGACAACCAAUUUAUUCCAGCUGGUCAGAUUGUAAUUGCAAGUGACAUUGUAUCAGGAACUGAUGUAAGUCAAGUUUCAGUGGGGCAACCCAGUGUACAAAGUAUCGUUUCUAGGACAACUGAUGGUGUAAUAUCAGAAUCAAGAGUUAAUUCAGAAAGCCCCCCUUUGAGACCUGGUUUGUUUGCUUUGAGAAAAAGCUAUAGUGUGCAAAAACCUAGAAUGGACUUAGAGAAAAAGACAAUCCCCAGUGAAGCAGCGAAAACUGUUCUAAUGACUCAAGGUUUGAAUGAAAUGAUCAUGGAUAAAUCUAGUUUGUCAAAUGAUUGUGUCAGUCUGUCGAAAGGUGUCUUGCAAUCAGAUGUAAGCUCACCAGCAAGUGUUGACACUAGUUUAGUUUCUAAUGGUGUUGAAUUGAAUUGUAGCAUAUCCAAAACCUCAAGUAUACCAACAAAGACAUCAUUUACAGAAACCAUGCCGAUUACCAGUUGGACCAACUAUGUUGGACAAGCCACUAUGUCAGAAAAUGCAAAAGACAGUAUGCAUUCUCUGAAUGGGAAUCGCUUCAACCCAUCCAAAAGCGUGUUUAUGCCAUCUAAUGUAGUAAAUGCCAAUUUACAUUCACUCACUCCAGUUAGUUCACUUGUUUCAUCUGCCAUAGUUACCUUGCCAGUAACUCAAAACAAGUCAUUCCAAAAUGUUUACAUGGACUCUAUAAAUGCUUCAGCAGAGAAAUCAACCUCUAAACCAUUUGUUUUCACAGCUGUUACUCCGGUGAAUGUUCUGAUGCAGAAAUCAGUAGAAUCUGGCGUUGUGAACUCUUUACAGUCUUUUUCAUCAACGCAAGCAAAAGAAGGUGUUCUGAAAAAUCAAAUUACCCUUGCACCAAAGCCAUCUGCACAAAAUUUGAGUGCAAAGUCGGAGAAACCGAUAACAGAUUCAGUGAAAAUCAAGCAAAAGAGUGUUCCAUCUGGUUACCCUAAAAAAUUGGAGAAAACCAAUUCAGCUGAAGGAACAUUGACCAGAGUUAAUCCAGAUGUAAAAAACAGACUCUCAAAGGCUUUGCAGUCCCCACAAAGAAAGCAGAUAGGAGUUUCCAGUCCAUGCGGAAUGACUGAAAGUGAUGUUAAUGCUACCAAAUCAGCCAUUCCAGAUACUGUUCUGCCAAAAAGAGGGGAUAACAAUGGAGCAUUCACAAUGCAGGGAAACCAAACUAUUGGAAAAUGGGACAGUAAUAGAACGAUUGCUGAAGAAAAGAACGACGAAAGUGAGGUUGAAAUGGCGGUAGAUAACCUUAAGGAGCAAAUGGAGAGUUACUCACUAUCACAAGGAAGUGAAGCUGACGAACAUAAUAGUUACGUUAGCACUGCAAACACUACUGAAGAUGACAAUAAAGAUCAUGAGGAUAUAAACCAACAAAGAAUGGAACUUGAAGAAGAAAGAAGUGAUAGUAUUAGUACAGAGAAUGAAGAAACUAUGGAAAAUCGAGUAAAUCCCUCUCAGAAUACUGAAGAUUGUCCAGAUAGUUCUGUUAAUGAAAACGAAAAACCGGAUGAGAAAAUAAAACAUUAUAACAAGGCCAUUGAAGAAACUGAUUUGAAAAGUGAUUAUUCUGUAGAAAUCAAUAAAGGAACUGGUGUAAAAAGUGAGCAGGGUGAAACAAGCAUUGAAGAAAUUGAUGUUAUUUGUAAACAAAAGGAAAAUUGCAUUGAAAAAACUGAUAUUACCAAUGAGGAUAGUGAAAAAAGCAUUGAAGAAAACGAUGUUACUAGUGAACACAGUGAACAGUGCAUAAAAGAAAUAAAUGUAACUUGUGAGGAUAUUGAAAAAAGCAAUGUAGAAACGUUUGUAACGAAUCAACAAAGUGAAAAAAGCAUUGCAGAAGCUUGUGAUACAGAUAAUAAAAGUACAUCAGAAGUAAAAUAAGAUAUUGAAAAAUGAAAUGUAUAUAUAUGCUUUGAAGUUCUGUCAGAAAUGUCGAACAAUGUAUUUAAAGGCCAUGGUGUUUGUUGCUUAUGCCAUUAUGGAAACAUACCGGGUAAAUAACAGUUAUACUGAUUUUAGUAGAGCAUUAUUAUUUAUGAGAAUAGAGUACAGUGUAUACUUCUUUUUUAAAGCAUGAUAUUUUCUCGACAAUGUCAUUUUGUCAGUGUGUAAACAGAUCCUUAAAGAGUUGUAUUUGCUAUAUUUUUCUGUUUCUGUUGCUUUUUUACAUUGAAAAAAAAGAAUACAAUUUAUAUAUAAUCUUUACAAGCAUAUGAACACACUUUUAAUUAGCGGUUUGUAAAAGUUUUAAUGGAAUGUUAAAAGACGCGUUAACAUUAUUUAAUUGUAUUAUUAUCAAAACUUGAAAGUCCCAAUACCAGUAUUUUUCUCCCAAUUUAUAGCUCACCUCCUGAGCACAACUUAUAGUUACCACUCCCGAGGCAACAUGUAUCACUCUAUCUUGAGGAAACUUGACCUGACUGUUUAUCUUGACCAUAUCUUGGUCGAGUAUGAAUAUGGGUUGCAUGUGUCUUCCAAAAGGUCACUUGGUCAAAUCUUAGUAAAACAUGUUAUCACUCUUGUCCCCAAUGUAUGACUCAAUCUUGGUAAAACUUCAUCAAAAUUUUUACUUGAAAAUAUAUAGGCCUAAUUAGAAUCUUGGUUAUGCUUUUAAAAUAACUGGCCAAAUCUUGUAAAAAAAACGUGUAACUUAUUUCGAAAAAACACUGAUGACUAAAUUUUAUUUAAGUUGGUCUAAAUUUGUAUUUUGAAUAUAUCUAUGUCGAGCCUGAAUCAGAGUCACGUGUGUAGGGAAACUGGGUCACCAGGUCGAAUUAACAAAAGCCUUGGAUCCACUUUAGAGGUCAUUUUAAUGACUCAAUCUGUUUUAAACUUGGUCAGCAUAUUUAUCUGGACAAUAUCUAGGCCGAGUGUGCUCACGUGCGUCCAAAAAGUAGGUCACCAGGCUGCAUCCUAGAAAUACAUUUUAACCAAUCUUUACAACAUUUAUGACAAUUACAAUGUAUUUUUGAAACAAGUUGACUGUUAACUUUCGUGCGUUUGAGGAUCGUGCUCUUGUAACCUGAACAGACACAAUUGUACAUAACUCUUUUGCUUUAGCUGUUGUUUAAAUAGGUAAACAAAAAGAUGUAAACACUCACAAGACGACGUGUCUAUCUCAAAGGUCAAGGUAAUACUUAAAUUAUUAAGGUCAGAUUUGGCAGUAAACAGAUUGUUGGGACAAUAUUUUCCCCUUCAAUAUGAAUUAUUUAAAUAACUUGCCACAAAAGACCACCAUUAGAAGACGGCAGCUGGUGUGUAUCAACCGUCUCCCUGCAUUGAGGUUCACACUUACCGGUAGAUGUCAAAAGUGAAAUUUGGCCUUAAACUACUUUUUUACACCAGUGGAGUUUUUUGAAAAUUGGAGUGUUUGGAGAGCGUUUUAUGGCGCCUAUCUUGUCCAUUUUAAAUGUUCAAUAAAGAAAGCAUUUAGUUUAGUUUCGGUUUAAAAUACUAAAUCAAGAACAUGUUGACAAUUGUGUUAUUUUUCCUAAAUGUGUGUUGAUGUUUUGACAUUGUUAAAUCCCUAGAACAAAUGCUAGUUUUAGACAUGAGAAAGCAAGUUAACACAACACAUUUCAUGAAUUGUUGGAUUACCGUAAGUGGUAGCAUAAAGUGAAAAUAACUUUUUUGAAACCUGUAAAACAAUAAUAUGGAAAUAAUGUUGUUUUUCUCUUUCAUAAUUUAGUUUCAGACCACCACCUUGUAUUUUGAACAAUGGAUUUGCAAUUAACAUUGAUAAAGAAAUGCAAAUAUUAAAUAAAGUUUCUUUGUCGACCAAUUCCUCACAACAGUUUCAGCUUACGCAGCUAUUGUAGAUUGCAGAAGUUUGGUUAAAAAUGCAUUGUGUUCUGUUUCGCUGUGGCAAGGUACAAUGUAAACUUUGUAUUUUACAAUUUGCUACACUUUAUAUAAUACACAUGUAACCUGUAUAAAUUGCGCCUUGUUUUCGAAAACAUCGCAUACAUUUUAAAUUGUAAAUCUAAAAAUAAUGGAUUGUAUUGCGAAGUUCAUUACAAAAGAACGAUUAUUUUUAUUUUUCAACUUUCCUAGAUUAUGCUUAUUUAUUUGUGUGCUACAUAUGUUAUACUAUGUUACAUAUAUGUGCAUACUUUAAUGUACAAUGUAUAUAAAUUGGAAAUUUCA